CGUGCGUCUCAGGCAGCGCGCACGCCGGCGUGAGAGGGCACGGGGGAAAAAGGUGGCUCUGGCCGGGCGGCUGGGCUUCCUGGGGCUAUGUAGCUGGGUUCCUCGGCUCGCGAUUCCUCGUUCGCUGCCCAAGGCCACGUCCUAGCGCGGAGUUUGUGCUCCGGACGGAGGCCGUGUUCAAGCCCACCGCGCUCCCUCGACGGUAGAGCUCGUUCGCUCGCUCGCCCGUGGGAGCGUCCCGGCCGAGCCGCGUUGAGGGGGGAGGGGAGGCCAUUUUGUCCCGACCGACUCCCCGGAACCGGGCGGAGCGGCUGGCAGAGGCUGCGGAGCUGCGGGCGCCGCCCCUUGGAGGCACGGGCGCCGCCACCGUCGGGGCUUCCUCGACGAGGCCGUUCGGAGAGGCUCCCACUGCGUCUCCAGAGCUUUCUGCCCCGCACUCGCUGCCCUGCUCCGGCCCCUGAACGCCCGGGUGAGGAGUUGGCCGUAGUGAGUAGCACCGAUCCCUUGGGGCCGCCGGCGGCUAGAGCCCGAGCCGCUCCUCCCAAUGGCGAAGAAGACGUACGACCUGCUUUUCAAGCUGCUCCUCAUCGGGGACUCGGGAGUGGGCAAGACCUGCGUCCUUUUUCGUUUUUCGGAUGAUGCCUUCAAUACCACCUUUAUAUCCACCAUAGGAAUAGACUUUAAGAUCAAAACAGUUGAAUUACAAGGAAAGAAGAUCAAGCUACAGAUAUGGGACACAGCAGGCCAGGAGCGAUUUCACACCAUCACAACCUCCUACUACAGAGGAGCAAUGGGUAUCAUGCUAGUAUAUGACAUCACCAAUGGUAAAAGUUUUGAAAACAUCAGCAAGUGGCUUAGAAACAUAGACGAGCAUGCCAAUGAAGAUGUGGAAAGAAUGUUACUAGGAAACAAGUGUGAUAUGGAUGAUAAAAGAGUUGUACCUAGAGGCAAAGGAGAACAGAUUGCAAAGGAACAUGGUAUUAGGUUUUUUGAGACUAGUGCAAAAGCAAAUAUAAACAUCGAAAAGGCGUUCCUCACACUAGCCGAAGAUAUCCUUCGGAAGACCCCCGUAAAAGAGCCCAACAGUGAAAAUGUAGAUAUCAGCAGUGGAGGAGGUGUGACGGGCUGGAAGAGCAAGUGCUGCUGAGUGCUCUCCUGCCAUCCGUUCCAUCCACCAUCCAUUUUUCUUCUUGCUACAAAUAAAACACUGUCCAUUUUUAACUCUAAACAGAUACUUUUGUUCCUCAUCUUAAACUGUUCAAUCCACCCAUUUUAUUUGUUCUUUCAUCUGUGACUGCUUGCAGACUAUUAUAAUUUUCUUCAAGCAAACAAAAAAAAUGUAUAGAAAAAUCAUGUCUGUGACUUCAUUUUCAAAUGUAUUUGCUCAGUUCACCACUGCAUUUCAGUUGUAUUAUAGUCCAGUUCUUAUCAACAUUAAAACUCUAUAGCAAUCAUUUCAACUAUUCUGCAAAUUGUAUAAGAAUAAAAGUUAGAAUUGACAAUUUUAUUUUGUACAACAGUGGAACCUUCUGUCAUGAAUAAUGUGCUUGAGUCCCUAUAAUCUAUAGACAUGUGAUAGCAAAAGAAACAAAAGCCAGGAAAACACUCAUUUUCGCCUUGAAUAUGUAGUGGGGUUAAUUUUGUCCUGUGCCUUAUGUGGAAAGGAAUGUCUUUGGUUUUUCCUUUUUAUUUGGUGGAAGCAUGUGCAGGAGACAUAUCAUCCAGACAUACACCAUCAGAUGCUCGUGGUUUGCUUGGCUGUAAUUUUCACAGUAGUUAAUUGAGGAUGAAGGGUAAUGCAGAAAUGAUAACUUUGGUUUGCAGAGUCUCAUUUUCAGUGGCCUUGAUAUUUAAAACGAUUCCUGCCACCAGGUCUUCUCGGCCACUACCUACCUGCGUCUCUUCUUUCUGCAUGCUGCUUCAUUUGCUUCUCCCCACUACUCAUGGUAUGAGUAUUUUAAAAUGAAAGGGACAAGCCAGCAGGUUUGUCAAGUUUAGCUUAAAGCACUGAUUUAACUUGCUAAGAAAACUGAAAGAUAAAUUCUAACUGCCUACUAGCAAACAUCAGUUAAUUAGUGUCUUCCCCUCAUUUACUCGCUUCUUUAAAAAAAAAAAAAAAAAAACCUUUUUCUUGCUGUUUGACUUCUCUGUUCCUCUUCUCCUUGCCCUUGUUCCCUCCCUGUCUAUCCAUUGAGUUUAUGAAAUGGAAGAGUUAUUGCAUGCACUAGUGUUUGGAGGGUGUUGUGGUUUGUCUUUCUAAUUAGGUGUAUAUCCUAUUCACUUUCCUAGGAUAAAUCUCUUAACCUGAAUUUGAGCAGUCUCUGUUUUGGCAGCUCCUCUGGCAGUUGGUAGCCCAGGAAAGACUGUUUAAAACAACAACAACAAACAAACAAACAAAAAAAACAGAAAAGAGGAGUAGGUUUUUCUACUAACACAUUUGCCAAAUGUAUUGAGAUUUGGCCUCUGAAGAACACUUUCAGUGUUAGGUUGUCUCUACCUUAAGAUUUAGAAUUACUUUAUAAUAUUAAUUUUUAUCCUUUUGGAAAACUUGUAUUACCAUGAAUUUAGAAAAAGGACAACAAAAGGCUCCCGUGUAAAGCUAAGAUCUCUGGCUCUUUCUAACCCAGUCCUUUCUUCGUCUGUCUAGUUUGACUUUGUUGCUUCUCAUUAGGAUGGAUAGGGUAGUUUGCUAUGCUGCUAGCAUCCUAAGAUGAUACCUUUGUUGAAAUAAUUGUGAAUAGCAUGAUUCAUUUCAAGCAGAGGCUGAGUUUAGGACAGCAGCUUCAUUGAAAAGGUUUCUGUGUUGUGACAUGCAUUUUAAUGACCUCUUGGCUCACAUAAACAACAUAAGGACACAUCUGCUAUGAAAACCCAUGAACAGUUCAGAUAGUGCCCUAAAGACAGUUUUAUAUGCCUCCCUCACUGGUUAUUAAGUUUCCCCCCUCACUUUAUCAUUGUUUACUAGUAAAAAGCAGCAUUGCCAAAUAAUCCCUAAUUUCCCACUAAAAAAAAUAAUGAAAUGUUAAAGCUUUCUGAAGUUUUAGGUUAAACCUAGUAUUGUUAGAUUAAUGUAUGUGUUGUUUCCCUUUAUUUGGAAUGUGGCAGUAGCUCUUUUACUUGGAACCUGCUUGGAAUCUUUAAUUCAGUGACUUAAGGUUUGAGAGCUGAACACUGGGAUUUUGGCUAACAGACUGACAGUUUUGUUUGCAUAAUUAUAAUCAGCAUUGUACAUAGAAAGGAUAUGGCUACCUUUUGUUAAAUCUGCACUUUCUAAAUAUCAAAAAAGGGAAAUGGAGUAUAAAUCAAUUUUUGUAUAAUCUGUUUGAAACCUGAGUUUAUUUGCUUAAUACUAGGGCUUUGUCCCUUUUCUGUAAGUCUCCUGGGAUCCUAUGUAGAAGCUGUUCUCAUUAAACACCAACAGUUAAGUCCAUUCUCUGGUACUAGCUACAAAUUCGGUUUCAUAUUCUACUUAACAAUUUAAAUAAACAGAAAUAUUUCUA